GUAAAUUUUCCAUAAUUAUCUAGUUAGUAUGUAAGAAAUAACAUUCCUAGAGGAAAGUUUACUCCUAACCGCCAGUGUUGUAAAGGAUAAAAAGAAUUACUAAUGUGAUCAAUGGCAUCUAUCUCACGAAAUAGCGGCAUGACGGGAACCAACGCAUCAGUCGACGAUCAGCUGAUCCAUCGACAACAAACAUGGCCGGGAUGGCGGAGCACCCCGAAAAUACCACGCUUCUCCAGUGGUUUGCUAAUCUUUUAGGCGCUCCUGAACCGGCACUUCGACUCUUGAUAUCUAUUUUAAUAGGUUAUCCAUUAGUUUUGAUACAUCGUUACACACUCUACUGCAAGAGUCCAAGUUUACAACAUCUAUAUUUUAUUGUUUGUGGCGUUAGCAUUGCUCUGUUUAAUUAUGGUCAGAAUGUCGUUCACUCGGCCAUUUGUGUUACGGCAGCUUGGUUACUGUUAUUGGUCAUGGGAGGAACGCUUAAGUCUGUCAUUGUUUCAUUCGUAUUCAACAUGAGCUACUUACUAAUUGGCUACUACAUGACAGGAACGGAUACUUACGACAUUAAAUGGAGUAUGCCUCAUUGUGUGUUAACGUUGCGCCUUAUUGCUUUGACUUACGAUGUUUAUGAUGGAAAAAAAGAUCCUGAAAAACUAUCAGGAGAUCAGCAGAAAACUGCCUUGUCUUUCACGCCAACAUUGGUUGAAAUAGCAGCUCAUACGUAUUUUCCUGCAUCCUUCAUGGUAGGACCACAGUUUUCGAUGAGGCGUUACCUGGAUUUUGUAAAGGGAUCCCUAGUUGGUUGUGAAUUACCUCCUUGUUUGGUUCCUGGAUUGUUACGAGGCAGUUUGGGUCUGUUCUACUUGGUUGUAUACCAAGUGGGCAUUGGCUUUGUACCUGAUGAGUUCAUCAAUUCAACCGAAUAUUAUGCUUUACCCUUGUGGCAGAGACAUCUUGUGGUGGGUGUAUGGGCAAAAAUAACUCUCUACAAGUAUAUAUCUUGUUGGCUGAUUGCGGAAGGAGUUUGCAUUAUGUCAGGCUUGGCUUUCAAUGGCCGGGACACAACUGGAGGCAUGCGAUGGGAUGGCUGUAGAAACGUCAAUGUUCUCCUAUGGGAGGGGUCCACCCAAUUUGGUCAUCUAAUUCAGUCCUUCAAUUACAACACGAAUCAGUGGGUUGCGCAGUAUGUCUAUAAACGGUUGAGAUUCCUAAACAACCGUUACAUAUCCCAAGCAGCUGCACUCAUUUUCUUGGCUGUAUGGCAUGGACUGCAUUCAGGUUAUUAUGCCUGUUUCUUCAUGGAGUUUGUUGUUAUGAACUUUGAAAAAGAUCUUGCAAAUUACGUAAACCAGUAUCCAAAACUUUUGUCCCUGCUAAAUGCUGGUCCUUUGAAGUACAUCAAGUUUGUUGUAUUGAAGGUCUACGUAGUCAUCUUUAUGGGAUAUUGCUUAGGACCUUUUGUUUUACUAAAGCUGCAUAGGUGGUGGCAGUUCUAUACAUCUCUGUAUUUUUCGGGGCAUGUAUUCUUCGCAGGGUGGCCGUUAUAUGGAUCUGCAGUCAAAGCUUUGAUAAAGGCAGUAGGUGGAGAAAGAGUAAGAAUAGAGAAGGGCAAAGUUGAAUAAAAAACAGCCUUUUUAGUGUUAAAAAUUAUCAUAUUAUAGACUGCAAAUAAAUGAGAUAGUUUUUUAAAGGAGUUAGAUGAUGUCGAAGGUGACCUACCUCUUAUAGUUAGUCAGAGAGUAAAUCUUUUUAACAGCAUUGCACCGACAUCAGAUUCAAGUGUUUUAAACUAGAAUGCAAAUAUGAGGAUCUAUCAGUAGAUAUUUUGCAUUUGUUUGCUCUAUGUAAUAUUUCACUAAAGUUUCAUUGUGUAAUUUGCACAACUAUACCAUUCAUUCCUACAAUGGUAAUGUACAUGAAAUACUAAAGACAGCGUCACUGAGCAUAUAUAAGGAUAUCUUAAAAAGUGUUCUGCAGGUAUGAGCUUGGAACUUGCUUUAAACAUUAGUGUUUAUUUGUAUAACUAAAGUCUGGUUUCAAGUCAUCAUUGAAACUUUAUUCAUAAUAAGUUGGAUUGGUUGAUAAGAAAUUGAAUAUCUAUGAUAAUGCAUAACAUUAGUAAAACAAAUCUUGCACUAUUGGCAUUUUUAACCAAAGGAGAAAAGUUGUUGUACUUAAUAAAAAUGUUUGUAUAUACUGGCAGUUGUUAACGUUUAAAAUGUGCAUAAAUGAAUAUAGGCAGUUGAUAAUGAAUAAUUAUAUGUAAUUACUCUUUAUACCACAUUAGCUAAGGAAGUGCUUAUGCGAUGAAGGGACUUGUACAAAGCUAAAUGUAUAUUUUGUUUCUAUUUUCCUAAAAUGUCUUCAUUGUAUCAGAUUUGAAGCUGAUGUGUGAUGGUAGAGCCAUAGAUAGGUUUGUUUACUCAUAAUAAUUAUCGUUAUAGCUUUACUGUGUAAAACAAGUGUGGUUGUUCUGUUUUAUAUAAAUGUAAUUUUUUUUCCAUUGUUUUGGAUACUGCCUUUUGACACUGAAGAGUUUCUCUUUCUAGUGUUCAGCAUGCUUUAGAAUUGAGUAUGAUUUCUAUAUUCAGUGAUUUUAGCACUUCUGAUAAAGGACAUCAUUUUUAGAAUUCUAAAGUACGUCAUAUACUUUUAACUCUACACAUAUCUUAGUCAUUUGUAUACGUUGCAAACCAGGUGUUUAGUGGCUUUACUGUUGCAAUAUUUUGGGAUAUGGGGAUGAUGAAAUAGCAUAUGUGUAACAUUUAUUCAUGAAUUAUUUUAAUGGUUAUUUGCCUUCAUUUGGAAAAUAUGUGAUAUUUCAUUGGCCAAGAAAAGUAAGCAAAGUUCAAUAGCACCUUCCAGAAUUAUUCUACAGUAACUUUCUUUAUAAGUGAUCUUUCACUAGGGAAGCUCAGUAAUUUAAUCCAUUUAUUUGAGGAAUGGAUUAGUAAGCUUCAUGCAGAAAUAUAAAUGACAUUAUAAAUUCAUUGAGCAUAAAUCUUUAAGGGAGGGGUUAUCAUGUAGAAGAAAUGGCUGCAUACUAUUAAUGAUUUACUGAUAAGAUUAUGAUCAUAUAUGUUAAGAAAGAGUGGUUGCCUUAGGAAUGGUUCACACAAUCUCUUUGAGUUUAAUGUUAACUCAAUGGUCUGGUUAAGUUAUAUUUCAUAGAAGUCAGGCUCUGUUCAAAGGUGUUCUGAAAAGUGCUGGGCAUGCCAUUUAUUUAUUACAGUUUUCAUUAUUGAUAGCAGUUUUCAAAAUCUUCACUCUUGUACCAGAAUGGCCUCAAAACUUCGUACACAUGGCUUUUAUAAUUAUUGAAACAAGUAAUGUCUCUUCCAUAUUGCCAGCAGCACCUGGAGUCUGAUUCUUAUGACAGAAUGGCCUCUCUUUGUUUACUAGUUUCAUUCCGAAGUUAGUUGUCACCACCACUUGGCUGUAAUGGUGGUCAGGUUUUAUAGAGUUCACAUUUGACCUUUUGAACACUAAUCCUAUUCCUUGUCCAUGAACUAAGUUUAGCAAAGGUUCUCUGGGUGCCUAGAAAUAUAGAUAUUUUGAAUUUCUUCCACAUUUAUUUCUGUUAUCAGUGUAGGUACUAAGGUAUUCACUCCUCAAAUGUAGUUGUUAAUGUAUUGGCUUUCUCAACAGUCAUGACUCUCCUCCUUAGAUGUCUGUGAUGAUCUUUUAUCCUUGCACAUCCUUGCACAUUGUAUAUCUACAAUUACUAGAGUGAAAUCACAUUUCUCAUAAUGAAACAGUUGCAGCCCUUCAGAGAUUUUGUACAAGAGGGGUGAAGUAAAGUUUUAAAAAUAUCCCUCUUCCACUUUAAACAAUAAUCAAAGUAUACAUUGUGGUAUAGAUAAUGUAAAUUCCUUUGUGAAAUAUAGUCAAUUGUAUUUAGAAACUCACUUAUUACGUAGAUUGCUGAGAUCUUGUGGAUCAGGUCUUCCUGUAAGAAGAGUACAGUAUAUGUUUAUUGCAUGCUAUUUCUUUCUGUUUUCUUGUAAUUAAGCAGGAAUAUCUUAAGUUGAUUUUGAUAUACCUGCCAAUACUCUUUAACUAAACGAUUUUUUGUGGACCAUAAAUAGAAGGAAGCAGGUACAAGAAAAUUAUCCAGUGGUAAUGAAAGUACAACUAUGAUUAAAUCAAGGAUGAUUUUUACUUUAUUUGAUUUUUCCCUUUUUGUUUUUGUUUUACACCAUAAUAUUCAGGUAAUGUCCUCUCUCUCUCUCUCUCUCUCUCUCUCUCUCUCUCUCUCUCUCUCUCUCUCUCUUCUUCUC